GCCCAUAACUCUGAAUUCAAGAUGGCGAGUUUGACUCAUGCUCAAAGGGUGACUCGACUUUACAGACGUUCAAUGAAACAUCUUUUAUCGUGGUGUGUUGAGCGAGAGAUUUGGAGGAAAGAAGCUUUGAAACUGAGAGCUGAAUUUGAUCACUACAAAUACGAAACAGAUCGCAACAAGAUCACCACAUUGCUUGAAGAAGGCGAAGAAAGAUAUCGCCGACAAUCUCAUCCGGAUCCUUACAUUAAUCCUAAUGCACCGGAUGGUGGAAAGUGGGAGAGAAAUAUGCCUCCUCCACUGCAUAGUUUGAUCAUGACACCUAAUGAAGAGGAGUGGUUUGAAGCUGUCAAGAAAUGGGCAAAUUAAUCCCAAGCCAAAAUGUUGUUUUUGUUGUAUUAGAACUUGUGGUAUAAUUCUUAAAAAAAGAUUUUUUAUGAAUGAGUUUGUCGACUAGUUCAGUUUCAGUGAAAAGUUUGAUGACUUGUAUAUAUGUACUGCACAAUAUACCCUCAAUAAACCAAAACAGAGAAAUAUUA